AUGAAGAUUGCUACUUUAAUCGCUACAGCAAGUACUGUUGCGGUUCUGAUUAAUGCUGCUACAGUUGACCCAACAAGGGCCGCUAUGUUGGCUCUUCAAGUGUAUAUGACUGAUAUUCGUAACAAUAUUGCCCAAUAUAUGUCUUUACAAAAAGAAUCUCCGGACCAAUCUGUUCCUCCAGCUGUCACAAAAGCAAUGAUGGAUAUGAUGUUGCAUCCAACUGCUGCAUAUACAACCCAUUUCUCAACUGUACCUUUAAGUGAAAUCGAGUUUAUUAUUACUGGGGUUCCUUGGUUUACAACCAGAUUAAAGACUCAAAUCUUAAAUGUCUGGUCAUUUAAUGAUGUUACUCCAUGGGCUGAUAAGUCUUCUCCUUUAACUACUUCUUCUACUUCUACUUUUUCUUUAGCUGAUCCAUAUCCUGGUUCUUCUGCAUCUUCAACAUUUACUAACUCCCCUCUAACCUCAAUUUUUACCACGGAAGCUACAGCACCGUCGUCUACUCUAGAUUAUUCUGCUUCUGCUUCUGCUUCUGCUUCUGCUUCUGCUUCUGCUUCUGCUUCUGCUUCUGCUUCUGCUUCUGCUUCUGCUUCUGCUUCUGCUUCUGUUUCUGCUUCUGUUUCUGCUUCUGCUUCUGCUUCUGCUUCUCAAUUCUCCACUACUGCUACUUCAUUGAGAUCUUCUUCCGGUUUUCAUUCUUUUGAUGUUGAAAGUGAAAUUGGAAACUCAUCAACCGUCACAUACACAAGCUUAACCACUAGAAAUGAAACUAUUACUAUCUGCUCAAAUAGUUGCACUCGUUCUUCCUCCUUAGCUUCAGUCAUUUCUUCUUUGACUAUUUCUACUCCCAAGACAACUUACUUUUCAAAUGCUACUACUUCUUACACUACAAACUUAUCUACAGCUUGGGAAACUAUUACAUCAUGUGAAGAAGGUUGUCAUACCUCAAAUUCACAAUUUGUUCCUAAUAUCACAACUGUUAGAACUAGCACCUCUUCUGGACAAAGGCAUAUCAGUGAGACAUCACAAUAUGCAGGGAACCAAACUAUUUACAUUACUGAAGUUGAUACUAUUUUAAAAACUAUUACAUCUUGUGAAAGUGAUAAAACUUCAACUUCUACCGCCAGUACUGAAGUAUUUUCAACUAGAAUUGAAUCUACUAUAUCUUCAGCUAGUUUUAAUAGUAUUUCUACUAAACCUACUACCAAGACAGUAUAUUUCACCAGUACAUUAACUACUUCUACAUCUGUAAAAACUAGUCGCUCUCCAAUAAUUGAACAGACUCCGAACUCUACUUUCCCAUCUGUUUCUGUUGAACUAAAAACUGCAAAUAGUGUUGCCAAAGAUGUGGUUGAUCUGGGUGCUUGUAUUUUGGGUGUAGUUGCAUUGUUAUUAUAA